AUGGAGGAGAGUAACAUCUCAGUGGAAAUGGGAAACCUUUCGGUUGAUGGAGAAGGGGAAGGAGGGCUGGCAUAUGGCGAGGAGUUGACAAAAACAAAUAGUUACUGUUUAUAUUUGGUUAGACGAUUUUUAGCAAAACAGGUAAUUAAUUAUAAUGCAAUGACACAAAUAAUGACAUUUCUCUGGACACCUACACUAGGGAUACAGCCGAAGGAAUUGAAUGGUAGGCUUUAUAUCUAUCAAUUUUGCCAUGAGUAUGAUCUCAAUCAUAUUAUCGAGAUGAGUCCUUGGAUGUUCGAUAAUCACCUACUACUUUUGGAAAAAAUGGAGGGCCAUAACCACCCUAUGGAGGUUCCUUUAUUUUAUACUCGAAUAUGGGUGCAAGUGCAUGAUUUGCAGGUUGGCUUUAUGUCUGAGAGGGUGAUGCGGGAUAUCGGGGAAGUAAUAGGUGAAUUUGUUUCUACAAAUCUAAAUAACUUUACUAGAAUGUGGAAAUCCUAUAUGCGAAUUCGCGUUCGUCUUGAUGUUUGGAAACCUUUCCGAAAAGGUGUUAGGCUUAAACAUAUGCGUGGUGAAUGGUUUUGCGCAUCGUUCAAAUAUGAGAGACUACUAAGUUUAUGUUUCAUCUGCAGCCUAAUGGGACAUACUGAGUGUUUUUGCCUAAAACAUAUUGAGGUUGCUCCGGUUCAGGCAGUUCGAAUGUAUUCUGUGGAUAUUCAAGCUCCAAAUUGUCAUUCACAAAUGACUAUUUAG